UCAGGAGUCAGAACAGUCACACAAGGAACAAAGAGGGACAACAUUAUGCUUUAAAUUGCAUUUACAAACAACUUUUUUUUUAAUUAAUUCUCGUAUAAUGUUACUUAUAAAAUAAUAUUUAUGAAGAUAAAACAAGUUUUGAGUGGUAACCCUUUUAAUGCAUAAACUAUGAACAGUGAGUACGGAUAAGGGAGCAGCGAACCGCCGUUCCUGGAAGUUAGUGGCCAUUAUGACUAAACGUUCUGGGACAACAAUCCGCGCUCCCUAUAACAUGGCGGCGGGCGUUGUAUAGCAGCAUGCAGAGGGCAACAGGUUGGCCAGUACAGUCCCUGUAUUGUGCCAUGGCAGUACAGGUAAUUCCACACCCUCGGCACACAAGCGCCGUUCACUUCCGGGAUGGUGGCAGGAGGUGAGGCACUUCCGGUUGCGAGCUCCGUGGCCGGAUGACGUGGCUGAGCUGCCGCUGAGGAAGCGGCGGGUGUUGGAGCAGGGGCAGUGACAGGAGCAGGCGGUAGGAGGAAGAGGCAGGAGGAGGGAUUACCGAAGCCAUAGCCGCUGUGCGAGAGCCGAGCCGCCUGCUUAGGAUGAGGCCGCAGAGGCUGCUGCUGCUGUGCCUGUACGUGCUGUACGCCCGGGCGGAUGAACAUGAGCACACGUAUGAUGACAAAGAAGAGGUUGUUUUAUGGAUGAAUACAGUAGGACCUUAUCACAAUCGGCAAGAGACAUACAAAUAUUUUUCAUUGCCUUUCUGUGUUGGAUCAAAGAAGAGCAUUAGCCACUACCAUGAAACCUUAGGAGAAGCCCUGCAAGGGGUGGAGCUAGAAUUUAGUGGCUUAGAUAUUAAAUUUAAGGAUGAUGUCAUGCAAACUUCUUAUUGUGAAAUCGACUUGACUAAAGGCAAGAAAGAUGCUUUUGUUUAUGCCAUCAAGAAUCACUAUUGGUAUCAAAUGUACAUUGAUGACUUACCAAUAUGGGGUAUUGUAGGUGAAGCUGAUGAAAAUGGAGAGGAUUACUAUCUUUGGACUUACAAAAAGCUUGAAAUAGGUUACAAUGGAAACCGCAUUGUGGAUGUGAACCUUACCAGUGAAGGCAAAGUAAAGCUGGUCCCCAACACUAAAGUUCAGAUGUCCUACUCUGUUAAAUGGAAAAAGUCAGACGUCCGAUUUGAAGAUCGCUUUGACAAAUACCUCGAUCCUUCAUUUUUUCAGCACAGGAUUCAUUGGUUUUCAAUUUUCAAUUCAUUCAUGAUGGUUAUUUUCCUGGUUGGAUUGGUGUCCAUGAUUCUCAUGCGAACUUUAAGAAAGGAUUAUGCUCGAUACAGUAAAGAGGAGGAAAUGGAUGACAUGGACCGAGAUUUGGGCGAUGAGUAUGGGUGGAAGCAAGUCCACGGAGAUGUAUUCCGGCCAUCAAGUCACCCUCUUAUGUUUUCAUCUCUAAUUGGAUCUGGGUGUCAGAUAUUUGCUGUCUCUCUUAUUGUAAUUAUUGUUGCCAUGAUUGAGGAUUUGUACACAGAGAGAGGUUCCAUGUUGAGCACUGCAAUUUUUGUCUAUGCUGCAACAUCUCCAGUGAAUGGAUAUUUUGGAGGAAGUCUUUAUGCUAGACAAGGAGGCCGACGAUGGAUAAAGCAGAUGUUCAUUGGAGCUUUUCUAAUCCCAGCAAUGGUUUGCGGAACUGCAUUUUUCAUCAACUUUAUUGCAAUUUACUAUCAUGCAUCAAGGGCAAUUCCAUUUGGGACAAUGGUUGCUGUGUGUUGCAUUUGUUUCUUCGUAAUUCUUCCACUGAACCUGGUUGGGACAAUUCUUGGUCGAAAUUUGGCAGGGCAGCCCAAUUUCCCUUGCCGUGUAAAUGCUGUCCCGCGGCCCAUUCCCGAAAAGAAGUGGUUCAUGGAGCCAGCUGUCAUUGUUUGCUUGGGUGGAAUUCUACCUUUUGGAUCAAUUUUUAUUGAAAUGUAUUUUAUUUUCACCUCCUUCUGGGCUUACAAAAUAUAUUACGUGUAUGGAUUUAUGAUGCUGGUUCUGGUUAUACUCUGCAUUGUGACUGUAUGUGUGACUAUAGUGUGUACAUACUUCCUACUAAAUGCAGAGGACUACAGGUGGCAAUGGACGAGCUUCCUUUCUGCUGCAUCGACUGCUAUCUAUGUUUACAUGUAUUCAUUUUACUACUAUUUUUUCAAAACGAAGAUGUAUGGAUUGUUUCAAACAUCAUUUUACUUUGGAUAUAUGGCAGUAUUUAGCACAGCUUUGGGCAUUAUGUGUGGAGCAAUCGGUUACAUGGGAACAAGUGCCUUUGUUCGGAAAAUUUACACGAAUGUGAAAAUUGACUGAGAAAUCCAUUGGAAAUGGGAACUGUGGAUCAGUUACUACUUUUUUUCUGGGGAUGGGGAGAAAUAUGCACAUUAGUGCCGGAAGAGAUUGGGUUUUAACACUGGGUACUGUGUUGGUCUCCGUUUUGUGGAAGGCUUAAAAUGGCAUCACUUUCAUUGAUCCUAGGUUCUCACUGACUGCUCUUUCCAAUCAUCACAGCAAAUGCUUGGAUUAUACGCAGUAAGCAUUAAUACAGUACAUGGCUAAUCUUCCCAAAAAAACUAGCUCAUUAAAGAUGAAUAGACUAGCUCUCUUCAGUGAAGAGGACAAACAGUUUAUUUAAAGCAUUUGUUCCAUUAAAUAAAAAGAGGGGAAACUUGGCUGCUGAAACUAGUUGAUUAGUAGUCUUCUUGGUACCUUCUCAAUGCUCUAGGAAUGCUGUUCCAGGAAACCUUCUUUUCUCUAAGUUCUGUCGCCACUUUAAAGUUGUAUGUUUAUAUUUUGACUGUGGUUGUCCGUUGGUUUGCAGUGUCAAAUACAUCUGCGCUCUUUUCUUUUAAACCAAUAAAAUGCAUGUAAUAUAACGGCUUUCCAUAUAAUUGGACCAAUUUCCCACGUAUUUAUCUCCGAAAUGGACAAAAAAAAGCAGCAUUUUGCGAAUCCAUCCAAAGAGGGCUGAAAACAGGUGUUCUCGGCACUGCAAUUUACUGUAUAGUUAAAAGGAAACAAUGUCAAACGACUAGAUUCUUGUUUUUAUGACUCCUUUGAGGUGUAGAUUUAAAAAGGAAGCAUUUUAACUGAAUUUCUAUAGUAAUCUUCAUCCUUCCUACGUUUCAAUACUUUGGAAUACGAUUUUUUUUGUUAUUUUUUGUUUGGGUUUAAUGAAGGCUUUCCUUAAAACCUAAUGGGGUAAAUAAGUGUAUAUAACAUUAAAUAAUGUAACUUAGGUUUAGAUCCCAAAUGUAUUUGGUUGUACAGGUUUACUACGAAGUACUUUUUUUUUUUUUUCUGAUGAUUCAUUGUACAAAAUCUGUGGAGUCAGGUGGCUUUUUCCCAUCUUGCCUGCCAUUUGCAUGAAACAUCUGUUCCUUUCCAUGAUGUGUGCGUAUGUCGGAUUUAUUUUUGCUCUCUUUCCUUCUGAAGCUCUUACACAAGGUGACUCAGAUUUGUAAUUUAGGCAUUUUUGUUAAUCCUGUCUGGACACUUGUGUAACAUCUGAAGCGCUGUGGCUUUGGAGUGUUCAGAAAGCUGAAAUAAAAUUUUCAGACAAACCCUUUCUUGACCAUUUUUUUUAAAAAAAUUCUUUUGUAAAAGACUCUGGGGUUGGUCUACUUCUGUUUGUGGCCUCUGCGUAAAGGAAAGGAAUCAGAUCAUGGAUCUUAUAGCUCAGUGUUGUAGUGGAUUUCAUGAGGUCUGCUUUUUGGAAGGCCUGACUGCAGUAACGGCCCAUUGGGACAUUUAUUUUCCAGAUUAUUUGUGUUUGUCCCUGUCUAAGGGUGAAGAGACACAGAGCUACUUAGUAGCUUCUACAUGUAAUGGCUACUAUAUGCCAGAAAAUACCCUGCCAUAUACAAUACUGAGAAUUGCCUCUACUAAAACACAUGUAGAGACAGAUACCAGUAAAUGAUCAGCUUUGUCUAUUUUAGCCACAACAAGUAGCUGCUAGUAGUAGCUCCGUGUGUCUUCACCCUAACUGCUCAACCAGAUUCAGCUAAAGAACAUGCAUUCGCAUUUUUUUUCAUCACAGAAGGUUACGGUUUCAUAUUUAUUUUCCCUAUUUCAGGCCGUUCCUCUGAUAGCAAUGAAAUAAAGGGUACGCUCAACAAAUGACAACAUUAUUGUGCUCCUAUUUAACCUCUCGCUAAUCAUUUAUUUCUGUACAGUUAAAAGAAAUCUCCUUAACACUGACAAUUUUGACCUAUUUGAAUGUAUCCGUCCAUACAUGAGUUGAUUUCUAAUUAUGCUUAUCUACAGAAAUAAACCUGAGAUAAGGGAUGUGAUUGAA